GAACUAAAAAAAGGUACCACACAGGAAAAUAAUCGUUACAGAGCCAUUUCACAUUUCGGCAAAGCAGUUCUCUUCAAUUCGCCUGUAUCUUUGGAAAAAUGGCACCCAUCAGCACAGAUAACUGCAGCACAUCUCAUUUCAGAUAUCCACUUUUCACUUCCACCUACAGCAUCGUGCUGCUGUUCGGAUUCCCUUUGAACUCGGUGUCUCUUUGGGUACUGGUUUGUCGGAAUGGCUUGAGGAAAUCUGUUCCGGUGAUUUACAUGGCCAACCUGGCUUUAUCGGACCUGCUUUUCAUUCUUUCCCUGCCCUUUCGGAUCAUCUACUUCGCCACAGGUGAAUGGAAGCUGGGAAACACUCUGUGCAUGAUUCCAGGGACCCUGUUUGCCGUCAACAUCUACUCCAGCUCCUUGUUCAUCACACUCAUUAGUGUGGACAGGAUGCUGGCCGUGGUGUAUCCACUGCGAUCGAGACAACUACGAACGGUGCCGAUGGCCUGGGUGUUUUGUGCGGUGGUGUGGCUGAUCAUCGCUGGAUUGGCAGUGCCAACAGCCUUAAACCACCCUGAAAACAAGGACGAGACCUUACCGUUCUGCAUUAUUUUGGGCUGUACAGUGUCAGUCGUGCGGCAGCUGAAAGGGUACAGUAUGGCGACUUCCUCGUGCAGCACCGAGCUGAGCAAAAGUAAGAUUGUUAAGCUGUUUCUGUCUAACUUGCUCAUCUAUGCCAUUUGUUUUAUCCCAUUUCACGUUGCUUUUAUCCUCUUCGGCCUGAGUAAACGUCAUUACUUGAAUGGAGAUAAAUCUCUUGAGGUUUACUUUAACUUACAGACUGUUACCAUGUGCAUGGCCAGCACAAACAGCUGUCUGGACCCCUUGAUCUACUAUUUCAGCACAAAGAAUAUUCAUGGCAGAAGCAGAUGUGAUUCUUCAUCCAGAACCAUUGGUCUCGGCCUGGUUCAGAGCAUGAGUUGGAACGGACAGUAAAGCAACAAACCAUCACAACUUCUUAUGCUGUUGAGGUAAACAAGCUCUUUGUCUCAAAGGAAAUGGUUAUGUAAAAAACCGAAGUCUUAAACCAAAAGCUGACUCACGCAAGAGACAAUAGCAUGUCUCUGCUCAAGUACAUCACAUGCAACUCUUGUUUACCCAUCAUGUGCGUCUGAAAGUGGGUGAAAAGGGAACAAGUCACCAAAUGUUGAGCCAUUUUGCUUCAAAACCUGCCAAUGUGAUAUAAAUACUUUAAUUUGUUCUGCAUUGUUGCUCUUGCAUUGUUGCAUAUCAUCAACUAAGCUAUCUAUAUUUGCUUGUCAUUGAGAACCAAGGGCUGUAGCUACUGUGAAAACUUUUGGCCCCUCUGGUUGUAUAUUACAAUGUUUAGCUGCAUUAGCUGUAUUUCUACCAGCAUUACCAUUGAAAACCUGUUAAGUUUGUCUUUUUUUUCUGUGUUUUUGUGUCAUUGAAGAAUUCUUUUGAACUGCAUCUCUUUUUCCCCCGAGAUUGCGCUGAAGUUAUGCAGAGUAUUAUGUCUGCACUUUUACUUUUGUGUCAUGCAUUAUGUUGGUAGAAAUAAAACGAACGUUUCUCUUCUCAGUUAA